GUCCGAAAUCAGAAACCUCCUUGUCAGAAACUGUCUUUUCUGUGUGACCUUGCGAGAAAAAUGGCAGCUCUAUCAACAUCAAAAAAGAUGUUAAAGGUUGCCUCGAAAUUGCUUUCGCGACGAUGCUUCUCAACAGGGCGCGUCCUGGCCGCCCAGCAGAUGAACGUGAGGGAUGCGCUCAACUCUGCGCUGGACGAGGAGAUGGAACGAGACGAACGAGUGUUCAUUCUGGGCGAGGAAGUGGCCAUGUAUGACGGCGCGUACAAAGUUAGCCGCGGACUCUGGAAGAAGUACGGCGACAAACGAGUCAUCGACACGCCGAUCACAGAAAUGGGCUUCGCCGGCAUCGCCGUCGGCGCUGCCAUGAACGGUCUGCGACCCGUCUGCGAAUUCAUGACCUUCAACUUUAGCAUGCAGGCCAUCGAUCAGGUGAUCAACUCGGCGGGCAAAACCUUCUACAUGUCAGCCGGCGAGAUCAACGUGCCCAUCGUGUUCCGAGGGCCGAACGGCGCCGCUGCCGGAGUCGCCGCCCAGCAUUCGCAGUGCUUUGGCGCGUGGUACAGCCACUGUCCGGGCCUCAAGGUCAUCUCUCCCUACAGUGCUGAGGACGCAAAGGGCCUGUUGAAAGCUGCCAUCCGAGACCCCGACCCCGUGAUCUGUCUGGAGAACGAAAUCCUCUACGGUACGGCGUUCGACAUGUCGGACGAGGCGCUGUCCAACGAAUUCGUCCUGCCCAUCGGCAAGGCAAAGGUCGAAAGGCAGGGCAAGCACAUUACCCUAGUUUCUCACUCAAAGUCCGUGGACACGUGUCUGGAGGCGUCCAAGCUGCUUGCUGGGGAAGGCAUCGAGUGCGAGGUCAUCAACCUGCGGUCCCUGAGGCCUCUCGACAUGGAUACGGUGCUCAAGUCGGUUGUCAAGACGCACCGUCUGAUCACAGUGGAGCAGGGUUGGCCACAGUGUGGCAUUGGAGCUGAAAUCUGCGCCAGAGUCAUGGAGAGUGAGGUCUUUUUCCACCUGGACGCCCCGGCCGUUCGGAUCACCGGAGCCGACGUCCCUAUGCCCUACACCAAGAGCCUCGAGAUUGCUGCCCUGCCACAGCCCUCGGAUGUGGUCCGCACGGUCAAGAAGCUACUGGGUGUCUAAUGAGUCGCCAGCAGCAGUGAAUCCUAUAUGAACAAACUGAAUUUCUUUUCUAAUUGAAUUCCUGUCAAAAUCCUCUUUGAGAGAAUUUAAUUUCUUUUCUGUUAUGCAACAACGCCAUUUAAUGUUGUUUAUGUAGAUUCGGAAUGAUUGGUUUCUUUGGCUCCGAGAGCUGUUCUUGUCCUCACCUAAAUUCAGUAGAACGGAGAGUAAGGAGGCAGAUUGUGUACAUUUUGACUUGCCAGCUGUACAUGUUUAAAAGAGGCCAUAUGUAGAUAAAUAAAAAUGCAAUUAAACUAGAUUACCUUAUCAUCUCAA